GAACAUCACAACAUGGCAACAACAGAGCAUUCCAACGUCUCUCUGCAACAACACACAAGCCCCACAGUGGACACCAUCUCUCUCAUCAGUCUCACCUCGGUGCAAAUUGAAAUAAAAGCUAACUUGCCUCAACAACCAGAUCGCAAAAAUUAUCUUUCUAACAAUAAAGAGGAUUGUUAUGUUUCAGCUUUAGCCUACACGAAUAGCAAGGAUGGAGUUGCGAGUGAAAU